AUGAGUCUCUGGCUUAAACAUGAAGAGGAGACAGCAGACAAGGAAGUGCAGAAGUUGAAUCAGCAGCUAGAGGAGAAAAACGCAGAGAUAGAGAAGAUGAUAAACCAGCCUCCAUAUGAAAAGGAGAGAGAAAUCUUACGACUUCAGAAGAGCUUGGCAGAGCGAGAGAAGGCUCAGGCCACCAGCGAUGUUCUGUGCCGGUCACUCACUGAUGAAACUCACCAACUUCAACGCAAAUUAGCAUCCACAGCAGAAAUGUGUCAACAUCUGGCAAAAUGUUUAGAAGAGAAGCAAAGAAAAGAGAAGGGGAAUUUGGAUGUCCAGAUUGCCACUGAAAGAUCUAAUCAGUUACAGGUAUUAGACAAUGAAACUUCACUUCAAGCCCUUAUCUGCAAACUACAAGAUGAAAACAGAAUGUUAAAACAAAAAGUAGCACACGUGGAAGACUUAAAUGCAAAAUGGCAGAAGUACGAUGCUAGUAGAGAUGAGUAUGUGAAGCGACUCCACUUGCAGCUGAAAGAGCUGAAGUCACAGCUGGAGCAGCAGCACAGCACACCUUCAGCACAAACCAAUUCUGAGCUGAUGCAAAAGGAGAUACUCCGGCUAAACAAGCUGCUGGAAGAAAAAAUGAAUGAGUGCAAAAAAUCAAGGAGAGAAUUAGAAGAUGUGAAGAAGGCUAGAGAAGGAGAUAAUGAGCGCAUACAAAUGCUGGAGCAACAGGUCCUAGUUUAUAAAGAUGAUUUCACAUCAGAGAGAUCAGACAGGGAACGAGCACAGAGUAAAAUACAAGAACUUCAGCUAGAAGUUUCAUGUCUGCAACACCAGCUAGCAAGAAGACAAGAAGGCAAGAAGGACUCCAGAGACACAAGUAGUCGUUUCAGAGUUCACACUGGUAACCAAAAUCAUAUGCAUGUACAGACAAAAGUUGAACACCUACGAGGCAGCAGCCCAGGCCAACCAGGAGCAAGAAGAACAGCGUCACAGUCUGAACAGACUUCCCCACCUGCUGACAAUGAAAACUCAGGAUCAGAGGGCAGGGCACAAGCCCAAAGGGAGAUGAUGAUUUCUGCCAAUAUUGCCUUAUUGCAAUCACCAGAAAAAGACAUGGACAUGCAGUGUGCAGGUGCAAUGUUUUUAUUACUGAUCUACUCUUUAACUAAUUGUAAGCCUGUGAUUGCUAGUUUGAUUUUCUCAUCAUGGCAUACAUAAAUGUGCAGAGAUUUUUCUUUUUUUUCUUUUAGACAAUGUUUUCUUUAAACAUUGCCUUUUAAGGUCUUGGAGAUCAGAUGCAGCACACAGAAUAUAUGCUGAAAAAAAUAUGAUUAAACUUCCUGUGGCAUAAGCUAAUCUCUCAAUGGUUUGUUUAUUUCUUUUGCCUAGCGUCUCAUUAGACAAACCUUGUUUAUGGUUUUAAAGUACAUUAAUGCUGCCCUCUGGGUAUACUUGGACAGACUGAACGACUAUUAGAUAUGGAUGGAAGAAUUAGAUACAGGAAGCUGCAGUACACAGAAAUCAAGAGAAGAUACCCUUGAUAUUCUCAUUGUUUCAAGUCCUGUAAAUUAGUUCCCUCCCUGUCAAAGCAGAUGUUGGAAUGCAAAUCCUGGAAAAGGAGGACUGAGGUGAAAUGACUGCUGGGAAACUGGAUAUACCUACAAAGAGGCCCAGCAAAUACAGACUGAUGAAGUUUUAGAUCAAGCAUAGGUUGCAGCAAGUCUCUUAAAACCUAAAGCUACACAAUAAAAAACUGAAAUUUGAAUACCAGCAUCAAAAGUCCAGCUACUUUCCAGCAUAAGAAUACCUCAGCUUUGGGGCUAUUUUACUACUUCCUAUUUUCCCCCAACUGUAGUAAAAAGAACCUUACCUAUUUCUCUGUCUUUGUGCUAACCAAAAAACCAAUUAGACACUGUAAAACUAAACUACCAGCAUCUUCUACAGCUGUUUGGUUCAGACUAUAAGGCAUACAUUAUCUGUCCUAAAAAAGCUGUUACCCAGUGCUUUGCCCUGUCCUCAGCAAGCACAGCAUACACGUCAGUACUUCCCAAGCAAUUCCAACCAAUGCCUACAUUCACAGUGCACGUUCCUCAAACUGUAGGCUGGAACGAAUAAGAAUUGUCAGCUCCACUGCCCCAGUGCUGAAGUAAAAGCAGCCAUGAAAUCACACCAUUUUUGAACCCUUUACAUUAAGGAAAGCUCCUUUGGCCUCAUGCAGUUUUUUUUUCUGCCACUUGGACUGCUGUCCAUAUAGUGUGCAUCUUGUUUGGUCAAAUGGUGAAAGCAAUGCAGCUUCUUUCCCAAAAGAAAGCAAUGACAGUGCAUGAGUAAGAAAGGAACUGUGUCAAAUGAAAGCAACUUGAACAGCAUAAACUUUAUGAACUUUCAUUAGCCAUUUGUACGACAUAUGUUCACUGAAAACACAUUUGUAAAAUUGCAUAGACUCUUGAGACCAUGCAGAAAGUCUGCAUGACCGUAUGGGACUCAGUUCCUUAUUUACUGCAUCAGUUGCCAAAGGCAUCCAACGUAACCAAACCCCGUUUCUGAUUUCUGUCAAUCUCUCAGCACUGAUGAGCAGUACCCUCACUCGAGAGACAGAACAGUACUAAAAGGCAGGCAGAUAUACCCCUGUAGGUCUGUGGAGUCUGGAAGGAGACGAGUAACUGUCUCUUCUAGGCCUUGCAUGAAUGUGCUAUCACACAGAGAUGCCUGGGUGUAUUUGUCCAACUACCUUCAUGAUUAAGUCCAUCCUUCUCCUGGAAUUGCUCCCUCUUUAGAAUCACUCUCCUCAAGUUUUGCUCUCCAGAGCAGCAUGAGUACAGAGCUAGGACUGGCUCAGGGCUCCUGAGCAGCUCUCUCACUAACAAUGUUUUCAGACCACAGAUUCAGUCUGAAUGAUGGCAAGUUAGUCUUCAUGGCUGCUGGAUUUAAUGAUACCAUAUUUAAGAUAGGAUUUUAAAGUAAAUGCUGUUUACUUACAGUGCCAGACUAUGCGUGUUGCCAUGCAGAAAUAGGCUCUUAGCACAUUAUCAUGACAGCAACUUUAGGGAAGACUGAACCACAGAAGAGACAACUGGGAGAAAACUCAGCAGUGACUCCUCACCCCAAAAGCCCCAAGAGAGAGAAGAUCAGCAAUAAAGUUGCCUUCUGUAGCACAGCAAGUACAGAACUACAGAACCAAGAGCCUAAAAAUCCUCUCAUUUUUCAGCAACUUUAAGGCAAUGCGUUUUGCCCUCAAAUGAUUUAUAGGGCAUCAGAUCUUUUAAGACAAGCCUUAAGUGAUGGCCCAAGAUUAAGUGCUCACUAAUGAUAAAACCAAUGACAAGAAUAAAA